AUCCUCAAAACAGUGUCGAGAAUUUGUCAAGGCCGAAGGCCAGACUUGUCCUUAUUCUGCCAAUUUUCAUUAAUUUUUCGGUGCAUUUGCCUAGCUAUAUCGCUAUAUGUCAGGAAAUUGAAAGUGUAAUUUCAAGUUCAACCUAUUUAAGUGAAAUUUUGCUGAAAUGGCUGAUUUGGAGAAAGAAGAGAGCCACAACUUGCACGUCGAGUUUCAGUGGGUUUUACAACACGAAGUCCACAACAUUUUGAAACAGCUUUUAAAUAUUUUAGAGGAAUGUCACAGAAGAUUCCCUUUAAUAAAUGGAGACACAACGCAGCCACUAAAGCAGGAAAAGUUUUUGAUGUCACCCUCACACCUUACCACGCAAGAUCAGGUCAAAUGCGUGGCCACACUUUGUGGAGACAGCAUUUGUCAUGCCGAAAUCCAGCUGAAAUCCAGACGACAGCAGAAUGUUGUCCACAGGACCAGUGUGACCAACGACUGUCCGUGGAAGCUGCAGCAGGUGCAGGACGCUGCCAACCACUUGCAACAGGCCAUUCAGUUGAUUGAGAACAUCCACGAAGAUUACAAGUUCAAGUCUUCAGAAGAGGUCUUGCACUUAUUGGCCUCUAUUUUGAGCUGCGUCCAAAGGUCAAGGACAAUACUGCUUGUACCACGGAAACGUUCCAUGGAGGAUUUGAUUAACAGCAAGAACAUGAAAUCUUUGCUGCCUCCUUUACCAAAUGAGAUUGCGGUCAGCUUUUACAUUCAGAGCCACAAGCUGGUUUUUGCUGUUUACCAAGUGAGCAUGGUCCAUGGGGCACUCAAGUUUGAUACCUCCCAAGCCGAAUGCUCCAUUCCUUGGCUCAAUGAGGUGCUUGUUUUGCUCACAGUCGGCCUCCAGACAUGCCAGCAACUCAAAGACAAGAUAUGUGUUUUCGCCCAGUAUCGGGACUUCUACGCAGGAUCUCGAGCAAGUUCUAUUGUAACCUGAAUUGUUGAGCAACAGCACUGUUUUCAAAGUUUAUUUUUAUUUUACCCAUUAAAUUAUAAUAAUUCUUAUUUGUAUGAUGUUGACUGUCCUCGUGUGAGAUUUCCAAGUUGUUUAGCUUUUUUGGUAUGUUUGAUCGGCAGCAUGAUAUCUAUGUUGUAGUUUUUAAAAUUUAUUGUUAAUUUAUAUUUCAAUUUAGCAUUCCAUGUUUGUUGUGGACAAACUGCUUGUAGGCCAAAAUUACGCAAAAUCCUAUGAAUAGAUAGACAAUACCUAAUGUUACUUAGAGCAGGAAAAUUUCACCUAAUAUUUAUCGAUUAAAUGUAGUUUUAGAAAAUUUGCAUAAAUAUUUACUGAGACACAAGAGUUGCAAUAACACAUGCUCAUAAUAUCUGAUAAUAUCCAAAUUUUGAAGAAAAGAACGCUGAGAUACUAAUGAUUGAAAAUAUUUAACUGCUUAAUCCAACUUGGCAUUCAUUUUAGCCACGCGCAUGCUGAUAAAAAGUCAAUCAACUAUAUAAUCAAGAUAUAUUUAUGAAACGAAUUCCAAGGUAUUAUAUAACUUGAGAAUUUUCAAAAAACUGAAUUUAAAGUCAAAUUAAUUGUUGAAGAUCAAGAAGUGAUCACUUCUGUAGCAGUGUGAUGUUCAUAUAAAGCUGAAUUGAGAGAACUCAGAAGCAAUAAAAAGAAGUCAAUGUUGA